AUGGCUGCUCGAGUUCAGAGCUCCUCGCGAGCCAUGGGAGCUCUGAGGCCACGGCUUCUGCAGUCCCGCCCUGCCGCCAUUGCCAGCCUCUCCGCAAGGCAGUACUCCUCCUCCUCGGAACCCGACCUAAAGACCACCCUCAAGGAGAUCAUCCCUGAGAAACGUGAGCUCCUCAAGAAAGUCAAGUCUCACAGCUCUGCCGUCAUUGGGGAGGUCAAGGUUGAGAACACCCUCGGCGGGAUGCGUGGUCUCAAGGCCAUGGUGUGGGAAGGCUCCGUUCUUGACGCCAACGAGGGCAUCCGCUUCCACGGCCGCACAAUCAAAGACUGCCAAAAGGAGCUGCCCAAGGGCAAGACCGGCACCGAGAUGCUUCCAGAGGCCAUGUUUUGGCUGCUCUUGACAGGCAGGGUUCCUUCCACCAACCAAGUCCGCGUCCUGUCGCGUGAACUGGCAGAGCAGGCCCAGCUGCCAGCUUUCGUCAGCAAGAUGCUCGACGACUUUCCCACCGACCUCCACCCCAUGACCCAGUUCGCCAUGGCCGUCUCCGCCCUCAACUACACCUCCAAGUUUGCCAAGGCAUACGAGAAGGGGCUUAACAAGGCCGACUAUUGGGAGCCAACCUUCGACGACUCCAUCAGUUUGCUGGCCAAGCUGCCCACCAUCGCCGCCAAGAUCUAUCAGAACGCGUACAAGGGAGGCGGUGCUCUCCCUGCCGAAGUCGACCUCGAGCAGGAUUGGUCCUACAACUUUGCCGCAAUGCUCGGCAAGGGUGGCAAGGAGAACGAGAACUUCCAGGACUUGCUGCGCUUAUACCUCGCUCUGCACGGUGACCAUGAGGGUGGCAAUGUGUCGGCGCACACAACCCACCUCGUCGGCAGUGCCUUGAGCGACCCGUUCCUCAGCUACAGUGCUGGUCUGCAGGGUCUUGCGGGACCUCUCCAUGGUCUCGCCGCUCAAGAAGUUCUCCGGUGGAUUGUCCAGAUGAAGGACUCUAUCCCCUCGUCCUACACCGAUAAGGAUGUCCAUGAUUAUCUCUGGUCGACUCUCAACUCGGGCCGCGUCGUUCCCGGCUACGGCCAUGCCGUCCUGCGCAAGCCGGAUCCUCGCUUCGAAGCCCUCAUGGACUAUGCCUCCGCGCGGCCCGAGAUUGCUCAAGACCCCGUUUUCCAGCUCGUCAAGAAGAACAGCGAGAUAGCGCCCGAAGUGCUGAAGAAGCACGGCAAGACAAAGAAUCCAUACCCCAACGUCGACUCGAGCAGUGGCGUGCUGUUCCACCACUACGGUUUCACCGAGACGCUCUACUACACGGCUACAUUCGGCGUGUCGAGGGGUUUGGGACCCUUGGCGCAGCUGAUCUGGGACAGGGCACUAGGGUUGCCCAUUGAAAGGCCUAAGAGCAUCAAUCUGGCCGGCAUUUUGAAACAAGUCGAAGGAAACUGA